AUGGCACCACGCAGGUCGAGGUCCACUAUGGAAGAUGGCCUCGAUGAUAUCGAGAACAACUUGAGAUCUCUAGCUGCAGAACAAGAAUCUGCGAGAGAUGAGCAAAAUAAGAGACAGAGGAGAUACCAGUAUGCCCCCAUGACUCAAUUCAGUACAGCUCCGGACGCAACGCAGACUGAUUCUCAAGGCGGUCCGUUAGAGGAUACACCAUCUGGUUAUAUCAAGAAGGUUUCAUUACGCAAUUUCAUGUGCCAUGAGAAUUUCGAGUUGGCCUUGGGCCCCAGGCUAAACUUCAUCGUUGGAAACAAUGGGAGCGGUAAGAGCGCUAUACUCACGGCUAUUACAAUCGGCCUGGGGGCCAAAGCCAGUGAUACGAAUAGAGGUACUUCUCUGAAGAGUCUCAUAAAGGAAGGAUGCCACCAAGCUAGGAUAACUCUUACUCUUGAAAAUGGGAAACAUGGAGCUUAUAGCCAGGGGACUUUUGGCAGUGAGAUAGUCAUACAAAGGAUUAUCAAAGCUGAUGGAGCAGCAUCAUUUAGCCUGCGGUCAGAGAGCGGUACUGAAAUUAGUAACAAGAAGAAGGAUAUCCAAGCUGUUGUGGAUUAUUUCGCCGUGCCAAUCAACAACCCUAUGUGCUUUCUCUCGCAAGAUGCUGCAAGGUCCUUUCUCACAGCCAGCACUCCUCAAGAUAAAUAUGUCCAUUUCAUGAAAGGCACUCUUCUCCAAGAUAUUACUGAUAGUUUAGACCAGGCGCGAGAAAUAAGCAAACGGGCACAGGAGAAUAUGGUGUUGCAUCAACGAAAUUUAAACGAUUUAAAGGAUGAGUUCGAAGAAGCAAGAAGAUUAUUCAAAGAGCUCAGUAAAACUACUGACUUGCAGGAAAGAAAAAAACUCUUGCAAGGAAAGUCCUUAUGGAUUGAUGUCAUUGAUAAUACAAAGGCGAGGGACAAAUUGAAAAGUGAAGCGGAAGCUCAAGAAGAGGCUAUCCGACUCAUGAAAGAAAAGAUAAAAGUGAAGAAAGACAAGAUUGAUAGAUUUAAUGUUGACGUUAAUGCGCUGAGGAGCGAAAUAGACGCCAAUGUUGCAAUUGUACUAGAAAGAGACACAGAACAUCAAAGAGCAGAGGGUGCUCUUGAUAAGAUCAAAGGUGAGUACGAGACCGAGCGACGAAAAAAGCAGUCUUUGGAAUCCGAAUCAAAAGAUUGCGAAGAGAAGGUAAAGCGCCUCGACAGGACCAUUAAUCAUAUUAAGGAAUCCCUACGAGUCGAAAUGGGGGGUGACAGGGAGGUUAUGAAACGAGAUUUGAUGGCAUUGGAAGCCGAAAACAAUAAUUUAAAGAAAAGCUUGGAAUUCUCGACAAAGAGACGACAAGAUCUGAGAAAUAACGAGACUGAACUUGUACGGCAGCGUCAGAAUGAGGUUGAUGCAAAAAGGAGAAGUAUUAAAUACAACGAAAAUGAGAUAGAACAAAUGAGCAGGGGAAAAUCUGACCUUUUAAGCAACUUUGAUUCUCGGAUGCCAUAUCUGAUCGAUGCUUUGAAAAACAGAUCGCGUGAAUUUCAAACUCCACCAAUAGGGCCUUUAGGAUUAUACAUUACUGUCAAGAGUGGGUUCGAGAGAUGGACUCGGGCUAUUCAGACACAGUUAUCGCAAUACCUGAAUACAUUUGUAGUCUCAAAUCAGCAGGACUGUAAUCGUUUGCGGGAAAUUGUACGAUCAUGUGGCGUAAAGUCAAAUUUACCAAUCAUGACUGUCACAGCGAGUAAAGUAACUCAUGAGAGGGUCCAAUGUCAGCAUCCAUCUCUUGCCGAUGCUUUAGAGUUCUCGGCUUCUGAAGUGGAAUUCGUUUUGCUUGACACAUCAAGAGUUUUAAAAGUUCUUUUGAUCCAAGAUAGAGAUGUAGCCCGUGAUUUCUUGUUGCAAAAGCCUCCUGGUUUCAAUACUGCAUUGUCGAUCAGAAACGACACUUCAGGCUAUCAGAUCACGGGAGGUCGCAGAAUAGACACUGUAUUUUACCAAACAAGGCUUAGGUUACGAGAGGGUGGUGCAGCAAACAGUGAUACAACUUACUUGAAAAACAUAAUUGCCAAAGAAAACUUGGAAUUACGAGAAAUCAAUGAAGAUUUCGAGAAAAAGCUGCGAGAGGUGCGUUCCGAGUUGAAUAUGACAGAGAUUGAAAUUAGGAAAAUACGAUCAAAGCUUGCAGAAAAUGAUUCUCAAGCAGAAAGGUUGAAGAGGAAACUGAAUACGGUCGUGGACACCGGCUCUCUGGAAUCUACGGAAAUUGAAAAAAAGAGAGCACUAGACAUGAUUGCGACUUAUGAAUCAGCCGCCAACGAAAUCAUAGCUAAGAUCAAGAAAGUGGAACAGACGAUAGAACCGCUGAAGAAGAGAUUCGAUGAGACGAAGAUUGCAUUGACCCAAGCUCGUGAGAAGCUGAGGCAAUCUAAAGAUGACGUUAGUAAUAGGAGUGCCAAAAUUCAAAAGUGGGGGGACGAUAUCACCGAUUUGGAGCGUAAAAUUGAGACCUGUGAUGCCAGUACUCGCUUUAAAAGGCGCAACAUAGAACAGCUUGCGCACGGCAUAGAGGUCCAGAUAGCUAAUGCUCAAGAAUUCUGUUCGAGAGAACAAGCAAGCGAUCCACAUUUACCAGAAGAUCAGGACGGUAUCAAGCGAGAAGUGGAACGAGUAUCUAAUAUGAUACUAAGAGCGGAAAGGAAUGUUGGUGUUUCAAAGGAAAGUGCUUCUGAGCUGCUUGAGACGUCUAGAGCCAAGUACGAGGCUGGUUACGGUACAUAUAAAGAAAUUGAUGGUGCACUCAAAAUUCUUACUCACUCUAUUGAUGUUCGUGUGCAAAAUCUGCAAGCAGCUCAAAAGUCGACAUGCCUCGACGCUGACUUGGAUUUUAGGUCAUCACUGAAAGUAAGAGGAUUUUCUGGCAAUCUCGCUUUCUCGAUACCUGCAAAGCAACUGAUGAUUUAUACCCUGACGCCCAAUGAUAACAGACCCCGGAAUGUCGACACACUUUCAGGAGGUGAAAAGUCUUUCUCGCAAAUGGCUUUGUUGUUGGCCACAUGGAAACCAAUGCGUUCAAGAAUCAUCGCUUUAGAUGAAUUUGAUGUUUUCAUGGAUCAAGUCAACAGAAAAAUGGGCACGCGGCUGAUUUUAGAGAAGCUCAAGAAUAAUUCCAGAACACAAACCAUCAUCAUCACGCCUCAAGAUAUUGGUAGGAUUGCUGACUUGGAUAGUAGUGGUGUGGAGAUUCAUAAAAUGCGAGACCCUCGGCGGCAGAAUAAUUCAACUUACUACGCGCAUGGCUGA